GCUUCAGUUUCGAAAAUGCUACGGCUAGGGUUUUUAUUACAGGAAACUAUGUGGAGUUUCUUGAUUGAUCGAAUGAAUAUGGAAUUUCUAUUGGGAAAAAGGGGUUUAAUGGAUGGAUAGAAAGAAUUGGGAGAAUUUAAUAUUUUGAUUCUUUUCUCUCUUCAGCUAUGGAUACUACUACUCUGCGCAAUUCUCUCAAUCCCAUUAAACGUCUCAAAGAAGAAUUCGUCAGCAACUUGACUGGAUCUUCCAUGAUCGAAAUCGCAGCGCUUUCCACAAUUAUACCUAUUCUGGUACUUCUUCGCCACUCAUUCAACUCCAGCAAUGUGAUUGGUAUGUCUCUCAGAGCUGUUCUUGAUCAUACUGCUGCAAAUGCUUCACUGAAGAAAAGUGAUGGUCUAGUUAUUCGCUCAAAGAGCUUGAAGCGAUAUUUAGCUGCAAUUGCUGUAGAUUUUCUUAUUAUUGUGAUUCCCACUCUCUUGUUUUUCACUGUUCUAGCAGAUUGGUCAUGUUUAUGUGCGAUUUUAUUGGUCUUGCUAUUAUUGUUAUUGAUUGCAGCCAAAGGAAUGCUCAAUCAUUCUCCAACACGGGAAUCAGGAAACCAAAGUCUAAGGGCAAAUAUUUCAUCUUUUAGGGUUGUUGUGAUGAUCACAACAUGCUUGUGUAUAUUAGCUGUUGAUUUCAGAAUAUUUCCUAGAAGAUAUGCUAAGACAGAGACUUACGGUACAAGUCUGAUGGAUCUUGGUGUCGGUUCAUUUGUGCUGGCAAAUUCCUUAGUUUCUCGGCAGGCACGUAAUGUCUCAUCCACAAAUCGGAAAGGUGCAUUAAAAUCUGUUUUUCCUCUUCUCAUUCUAGGAUUUAUUCGUCUGAUAACUACUUCUGGUGUAGAUUAUCAAGUCCAUGUGGGAGAAUAUGGAGUUCACUGGAAUUUCUUUUUCACACUUUCUGCUGUAUCAAUUCUUAGCACUGUCAUUAAUAUUCCUCCACAAUAUUCUGGAAUUUUUGGUUCAACAAUUCUAGUCGGGUACCAGUAUUGGUUGAUAUAUGGUCUAAAUACUUAUCUUCUUUCAAAUCAGAGGGGAUCAGAUAUAAUCAGCCAAAACAAGGAAGGACUUUUUAGCAUAUUUGGGUACUGGAGUAUUUAUCUUAUUGGUGUGCAAUUAGGGAACUCUCUAUUCUUUGGAAAAAAUUCAUCUGCUACACUAGGGAGCAAGAGAAGAGCAAGGAUAAUAGUUUGGAUUCUUGCUCUUUUCUUUUGGAUGACAACCUUGCUUCUGGAUUCCUAUGUUGAGCGAGUUUCUCGUAGAAUGUGCAACCUGGCAUAUGUCACUCUGGUAUUGGCACAAAAUUUACAGGUUUUGGCAAUAUUAAUGCUUUCUGGUUAUGUUGCUGGGAAUGAAACUUCAGUUCUUGAAGAAGCAUUAAACAGCAAUUUACUGGCAGCAUUUCUUUUGGCAAACUUGCUCACUGGACUAGUUAACUUAUCAGUCGAUACCCUGUCCACGUCAUCCAUCACGGCUUUACUUAUUUUGCUUGUUUAUGCAUUUAUUUUAUCCAUUGCAAUGGGAUUGGCCAAUUUCAAUGGCAUUAGGUUGAAGUUUUGGUAGGUAAAACAAAAUGAAUUUGAUUGUGAUAAUGACACGUUCCUUCUAUGUAACUUUAAAACAACAAAAUAUCAUCAGACAAAUUUUGUUAACUACUUUAUGCUA